AUGGAGAACACGAGUCUUACUUUCUUGAACACGACUAAUGCGCCGAGUCUCUCUCAGCAAGCGGCAAAGCGAGUGAGAGGCCAUGUUACAAAGGCGAAUUUUGCAAAAAGACGCCAGCGGAUGGCCCGCCCUGUAGAAAAGCCAGAAAAGGACAGCACUAUAACUGAUCCCUUUUUCUACAAAGGCGUAUUAAAAAAGCGGCCACAGAGACAAGAUGAUUCGCAUGUUGCUUCCCAAUGUCAACUAUGUACCACAAGUUUAAGCAGCAAUGCGUGGCUAGAAUCCCACCACGAUUCCCACUACGCAGACAUGGCGCAUCGUCGCCAGGCACUUCUUCUCCUUGCCUGCAUACAUCGUCCGAGAAAUAUAAGCGAGGCUGCCUGGGUUAAUCUUAUCGUCUCGGAGUCUGCGCUAGUCGAAGCGACCAUGGCUAUUGGAACACGAUUGUGGUCUCCCCGGCCGUCGUGGCAGCGGCGCGCAGGGACGCAUCAAUCCAAAGCCCUAAAUUUCACGAUUCAGAGAAUUGGCUCUAAAAGACCCCAAACUGAGGCUAUGCUUGCAGCAGUUUCUACUAUGGCCUUUGCCGAGCGCUUAGCGAAUGACGAUCUCGCCUGGAAUGUACAUAUCGAUGGCUUGGCACAAAUGAUCAGAGAGAGACACUCUCAAGGCAUGAGUCUGCCAUGGUGGCUCCAUGACAUUAUUAUCCUAGACUCUAUUAAUCAUGUCUUCAAUUUCCCACGCAUAUAUCAUAGGAAGAUCAUCAAUGCAAUCGACGAUGCCGGCAACUCGUUGAUCCUCCAGGCAGCAGAAUUAUCUGAACAUCUCAUCGCAUUUCGCAAGUUAAUCGAUACAUCUAACAAACACUUGAAUCCGGAGUAUGUCGACCAAGAAAUCGAAGCACCGUUUGCAAAGUUGCUUGACAAGACUCGAAAUCUCCGCAGAAUCAGUGACAAUAAAGCCGUCCACGCCACGGCACAAACAGUUGAAAUAAUUCUCUGCCUUUCGUGGCCCUGGAAGAAUGCACCUAGUUUAAACAUUCUCGCUGAUGAAUUAAAAGAAACCCUUCUUCAACUACCGAUUAGAGGCUGCUCGUACAUGGAUUUUACAUCCUGCCAACAUCUCAUUGGGGCAAUAGUUGCCAAACAGAGCACAAGCACGCAAGCGUGGUUUGUCAAUAAGCUGACCAAUGCUGCUAAAGCAAUGCGCUCUCGCGGCUGGCACCAACCAUUCGAGGUCUUAGAGGAAGGAUUUCGGUCCGACGUACGCCUGACUGAAUGGCUUCAGAUUCUACGAAACAGUUCCUUAGAAUGGUUAAAUUGA